AUCAGAAGACUGAUGGCUUCGGAGCUCCCUUCCAAGAUGGCUGAAGACAAUUCUCCAUACAAGGCCGUGGCAACAAAGUGUAGACGCAGCCGCACCAAAUUCACAGAAGAGCAAUUGAAAAUCCUCAUUGAUGCAUUCAACAAAAAACCUUACCCGGGUUAUGCCAUCAAACAAAGACUUGCUUUGGAAGUCAACACUGAAGAGUCUAGGAUCCAGAUAUGGUUUCAGAAUCGAAGAGCUAGGCACAGGUUCCUGAAAAGACCUGAGAAGAGCUUAGACUUAAGACAAGGCCGAGCUUACCCUGAAGAGAACAUUCAAGGUGUGAGAGACAGACGAUGUCGUACCAGCUAUACUUCUUCCCAAUUACAAACUCUUAUGAAUGCGUUCAUGGAAAACCCUUAUCCUGGGAUUGAUUCCAGACAGCAACUUGCUGAAGAUAUUGGGGUUCCAGAGUCAAGAGUCCAGAUUUGGUUUCAAAACCGAAGAUCUAGACUCCGUAUCCAGAAGAAAAGAGAACCCGAAGAAGGUUCAGCCCAAAGACAAAACCAGGGACAAGAUCUCUGAGAUGGGAGCGUUCAAGGUUUACAGAAUGGCACUCCCUAGUGACUGUUUUAUUUCCCUGGAGCCAGAACAAGGUGAAUAGAGAGACAAAUUCAGUGUAUUUGAUGUCAUCAGCCUGGACUCCAGAUCAGUUCUCUGCCUGGCAACAUACCCUUCCAAACAUACUUUCGCCUUCUUCUCCGUCUUCUGGAAAUGGUAACCAGGACUUCAGGACUCAGAGGCAGAUGAUACAAAGUACCACACAGCCCUAGUGACUGAACCUAGAUUUAGAGUUCAACAGAUCUCGAGAACAAUGAAAGUAAACUUAUUAACACCAUUUUUAUGGUCAUACAAAUAAAUGACCGAUUCAAGUAAAAAUCAUCAAAACUUAUGUAGUACUGUGACUUUGAUCAACUGUGCUGAUGUACUGAAGCCUCCAUAAAAACCCAGAAGGAUGGGGUUCAGAGCUUCUGGGUUAGUGAACGCAUGGCGGAGAGGAGAGCGAUGUACUUGAAGAGGGCAUGGAAGCUCGAGCCCCCCUUCUCACAUACCUCGCCCUAAGUAUCCAUCUG